UUUUUUUUUAAAUUAAAUGAUCUAUAUAGUAAAUAUUCAAAUUUUUUAAUUUAUCCAACAUGAAAUUAAGUUUUCGUAAAACUUGCAAUAUAACAGUAUUUUUUAUUUUUAAUUGUCAAGUUUUGAUAGUGGUAUUUGGAGAAACUACUUUAUCCGAAAAUAGAACAUUAAUUGAUUAUGAAAAUUUGAAGAAUAAUACUUUGAAAAAAUUUAAUGAAAAUAAUCAUAAGAUAGUAAAGGAAUCGAAUUUUAGGAGAAGUGAGUAUACUAAAGAAAGUGAUGAGAAAUCUUCUUGGUUCUUAAAUAUACCACUGUUACCAAUGAUAGUGGCAACUUCGAAUUCAAUUCCUGAAGGUUCUUGUAAAAGGCAAUUACGAUUAUAUCUGGAUCAUUUAAAAAAUGGCACUUUAUGGGCGACUGAAAUGUUUGAUUCAUCAGCUAAAUAUCCUUAUGGAUUAUUCGGUGGUUUAACACGAUAUUUGGGAAGUUUUGAUCAAUGUGAACGAAUUCAAGCAAAAAUAAUAAAUAAUGAAAAUGGGGAAAUUGAAGAAAUUAUCAGUAGAUAUUGUUUGGUGGAUGUAAAAUUUAAAGAAAAAAAUGAACCGACAAAGUUUAUUGGAGAACACAAUAUAUAUUUUGAUCCACAAGUCUCUGCCUGGGAAGCCAUUCGAGAAAAAGGUGAUUUUCGUCGAUUUCCACGAUACUUAUUGCAAAUGGCAUUAUGUUUUCCCGCAAAAUGUCAAAUAGAGGACAUUGUUGUCUCAUUGAAAAAACCUCUUGAUGAAUUUAGUACAAAAUAUAAUAUUAGUGUCGAUGCUUCAAUAUCACCUAUGUAUUGUUCAAAAGAAGCUACAGAAUUUUCUAUCUAUGAUAAAAUUUUUUGUUUAACAUUUCUCUUAAUAUUGACUGUCGUCAUUCUCAGCACUAUUAUUGAUAAAAAUUCUGAUGAAAAUGAAGAACUUUCUUUAAUAACUUGCUUCUCGGCUCGCAGAAACUUUAAUAAAAUUUUUAGAGUAAAUUAUCAACAUCCCGGAUUUGAUAUUAUUCAUUCUCUUCGAGCUAUUUUCGCUUGUCUUACAAUUCUUGGUCAUAGACAAAUUCAAAAUAUGUAUGCGGGAACUAUCUCAGGACAAUAUUAUGAAUGGAUAUUGUCAACAUCUACUUUUGGAAUAAUGCACAAUGGUGCUGUGCUUAUGGAUGGAUUUUUGGGUUUGGGGGGACUGCUACUAUCUUUUUCUUUGUUGGAAUAUUGGAAUAUAUCAAAGAAGUUUAACUUUAUAUUUUUGAUCUUGAAACGAUUAGUGAGAAUACUACCACUUUAUAUGUUUAUUACAUUUGCAUAUGCAAUUGUAUUUCAUCGAUUAGGUUCUGGACCAUAUUGGGAAGCUAGUGUAGGAGCUGAUCGAGAUUCCUGUUCUUCAUAUUGGUGGACAAAUUUAUUUUUUGUCAAUAAUUAUUUUGGUGGCAAUAACAAGUGCGUGAUUCAAUCUUGGUAUUUAUCUGUGGAUGUCCAGUGUUACAUAAUUGGAUUGUUAUUAAUGAGAGGAUUUUACAAAAUGCCACGGAAAAUUGGUUACAUAUUUUUAGGUUUCACAUUAAUUGUUUCAUCUGCAGUACUAUUUCAUUUUACAUACAAACAUGAUUUAGAUCCAGUUUUAAAAAAUUUUGCAAAUAUAAGAAGAAUAGAAGAUACUGAAUAUUUCCUUAAUUAUUACUCGAAAACCGAAUUUCGUUUAGGUGGUUAUGUUACUGGAUUAAUUAUCGGAUGUUUUAUUUAUGAUUACAAAAAUUCGAAAUGGCGCCUCUCAAAGGCAUGGUCACAAAUUUUAUUUAUCCUUGUAUUUGGAGUAAUUUUUACCACAACAUGGAUGGGAACACUUUUCAUGAAUCCAAAUUUGAAAGUAACUGCUUUUGAAAGAGCUCUGUACGCAAGUCUGCACCGACCAAUUAUUGCAAUUGGCAUUUGUACUAUUCCCCUUCUAUUUACAAUUGCAGAUGGUUUAGAUUAUUAUUAUAAUAUAUUAGCAGCAAGAUGGUUUCAACCUUUAUCACGACUUUCUUUUGCCAUGUACUUAACUCAUUUUCUCAUUCAUCAUUAUGAAAUUGGUACAACAAAAACAGCAUUUCCCUUUUCUUUUUACAGUGCAUUUAAAUACUGGGCUGGAGAUAUAGUUUACUCAAUGUGCUUGGCAUUAUUCGUUGUACUUAUUAUAGAGCUUCCAAUAAACAAUUUUAUAAAUAUUAUAUUAAAAAGGAAGACAAAUCUCAUGAUACGAAUACCAUCACCCAAUACACAAAAAAAGACGAAAGAAUAUUGAAUAUGCAAAUUAUUAUUUAAUAAACAAUGAACUUUAGAAUUCCGAUCUCGUGAAUUUAAAUUCAACGAUUCAAAAUAUGUUUUAUAUAUAAAAUACAGGCGUGGAAAAUCAGAAGCAUAAUUGUUAUCAUUAUAUUAAUUAACAUAUUAUUAUCAUAUUAAUAAAUUUAAAUAUUAAUGCAAA